AUGGAGCUCGAUCUGGAGUUGGAUGUGAUCGAGCACGAACCGACCGUGCUUGAAUACGCGCGCUUUCACGGCCUCUGCAGCGAUUUCACACAUGAGCUGCCACAAUGCUACAACAACGUCUCGAUCUCGGAUGAGACUUUUGAUCGGGAUCUUCAGGAUCCUAAAGAUGUUCUCGCGCUCACUAAUCCGGCAGACGAGCUAAAAAGGGAGCGAUUCGCUGUCACCAAGGAAGCUGCGAUGAUACUCAAAUCCGCGAUUUCUCUGGCAGCAGCGCCGCAUGACUUACCACUGUUAGCGAAUGAAAAAAUGAGAAUCCUCAACCUCAAACUGGAGGUCCCAAUUCUUCGGACUGACAACGAACUAGACUUGCUGGAAUUCGGCAGCGCGGUGAUGCCUAGCUUUGAUGACCUCAAGAUACCGCUUGUACCGAUUGAUGAAGAGAACGAAGAAGGCCUUGAAUGGCCGUCGAGGUACUCUGGGUAUCCAGCACAGUGUACUGAUCGAGCGAAGAGCGAAAAGCUGGGAGUGUCGCGGGAAACACUGCUGCAUCUCCAGAACGCCAUCAAGGACUUUCAUUUGCUCGAGGAUUCCGAAAACAUCAAACAGGAGGCUUUAAGCUAUCGGAAAGUGAAUGAUUCAAACUCAACUACCGCAGAGGCAAAGGCCUUGGAAGAGCAGCUCAUGGCUGCAGAUGCACUUAUGCGACGUGAUUCUGAUGGAAGCGAUACCACUCUGCUGCUGGACAUGCUCGAUCCUGGCGAAUAUGAACCGUCACUGGGCGAUGCCAAUUCACCUUCUACGAAACGUAGAGCAGCUUAUCUGAAGAUCGAAGGACCGCUCACCCCGCUCAUGUUCUCCGAAUCACCGGCGAAAAAGUUAAAGACGGUUGCCUUCGCGGAGAUGCUUGUCGAGUAUAUUCCCAAUUUUGAGAACGGCAACGACAUCCUCAGUCCGGAGGAUGACUACGCCUUCUUCAAAGACAUCAUUGAACCUGCUGCAGAAGACGCUAAGUGGAGAGUCGAGAAUGAGAAGCUCUCGGAAGCUGAUACCACCAAGAGGAUGCCUGUCCCGCAUGUUGAUUUUCGACUUCCGAUCGCACCUUGGGAUGAAUUUUCUCGCAGAGAUAGAUCUGAGUCAGAAAUUGAUGCACAAGCGCGAUUCCUUUUAUGGGUAAAAGGCAACUACAUGAAAUCAGCAACAUCAUGGCAUGGAGUGUCGGAGCUUGAGAGAACGCUCCCGUUGGCGCCCUUCCCGUAUGAGUUAGGAAUAGUCUCGACCGAAGAGCAGCUUCACGGAGAGGACACAUUGACCAAGAUGCUCGCCGAAGUGGCUGUGGGCGAGAUCGCUACGAGCUCUACUGGCAUGUGGAAGAGGGACGGCCUCCUUAUACUUGAAGAUGAGGAACAUGGUGAAGAAUUCUUGACGCCUGCCGAUCUAGGAGAGCUCACGGAUAUGAAUUUCUUGGUUAGAAAACAACAGCUCAAACUGCAAGAGGUCGUCGGUAAUCACGGUUACUCGUCCCAACCAAAGCUAUCAGCGCUCACAGCCGUCGCUGGAACUCUGAAACCUCGACACGAUCUAAUUGAGAGCCAUCAUUGGAGGACCGAGUCGUCGGGGUCGGGUGCAAACGCUUCGCCGCGUGCAAUCGAAGUCCGGCAGAAGGACCUUCAACUCGAUUCCAUGCGCAAUAAGUCUAUACAAGAAUGGGACAAAGAUCAGAGUCUCAUAUUUGGCGGCAAGUUCUCCGCAUCUAGUGCUCUAGACAAUUUCAUAGUGUUACAAGGAAUGACUGUAAAGCCGAACACGAUAGGAAGGAACGAGCCUCUAGCAAAGCGACCUCCAGAGCCCCCGCUCCGUUCGCCUAUCCGACCUACCAAACAGGCACGUAAUGAUGAGAAUGGGCUGUCAAAAGUUGAUUCUCAAAACGCCCCAGAACCAGUGCGGAGGCCACUCAAUUUACCACCACUACCUGAAUCCAUGCCUCCUUGCUCAUUCGUCAUUUCGUCCACUUUACUGCAGCGGCGAAGUCUUUCAAAGCAGAUUGAGACACUGUAUCCGGACGCAGAAUUUGUGUGUCGGGACUUCGACUUGCAAAUUGCAGUGAGCAAAGAAGCAGACCUCAUCUUGUCGCCUUCGACGGGCCUCAUGUUGACGACAUUGCAGCAAUUGAAGCAGCGCGCUCUUCCUGGGCAGCCAGAGCGCUCACCAGUCAAGGAGCGAAUGGUUUCACUCAAGGAUGUGUAUGAACGACUUGUAGUCUUGGUUAGCGAAGGGCUAAGCCGAGAGCUGGAGCAACAGAGCUUUGGUCCAUGUUCAGAUCGCAGGGACCAGGAAGCCGUCACCGAGUACGAGAAGAUUGCCGCAAAAUUGGAUGGCGAAGUGCUCGUUCGAUACAUCCCGGGUGGAGAACAGGCACUUGCACGGUCGGUCGUGAUUGAGAUGGCAAAGUUCGGCUUGCCUCAUGGUUCCCAUGACAUCGGUGAUAUCAAGCUUCUCCCUGACCAGACUACUUGGGAAAUUUUCCUCCGUCGCGCAGGUCUCAAUACUUUCGCUGCACAGGUCAUUCUCGCCCUCCUCAAGGAUCCAUUCGACUGGCCACAGUUUUCGGAAGGCACGUCUGACGAUAAGUCUGGCCCAACGCAGACGCGCGGGUUACUCAAUUUUCUAUUCAUGCCAGCGGCGACUCGUGUGCAAACCUUCCAGGCGGUUCUAGGCGGCAGCAGGAUUUUGAGGAGGGUCAGCGCGCUGCUGGAUGAGCGCUGGCUGAGUGCAGCACAUGGAUUUCGAGUGUGA